CGAAAGGGGAGUCUGUGUGUGAGGUUUUGCUUGCGAAAAUAUGGACUUUGUUGUGUUUUUGUUACGGUGUGACUACUAAGUUAGCAAUAGAAUCAAGGUGUUUUCAGUAAUCUUCGUUUGUCAUUCUUGAAAAUUUGCUGACGUCUGCUAGACAGCUUUGACUCUCGAAUGUGAUAUUCUCACGAGCAGUAAACGUGAUCGAAUCCCGUGAUAUUUGUGUGCUGUGAAUAUUCUUUUGAGGUUUGUUUAUUUUAUUAUUUUGGUCGAUUUCUAAUCUGAAGUGGGGGAAAUGGAAUCUGUGACUACGUUUGUUCGGGAGAAGCUUUUGAUACUUGAUAUGACCUGCGUUACGUAAGGGUGGAAGAGAAUAGCAAGUGUGGCGGUGGUAGUUUGCACAAACAGCAGGGGGUGAGAGGAGGGGUUGGUGGUGGAAAUGUGAAGCAACAUUGGGUGGAGGGGUGCGUUCCAUCCCUCCAGACUCAGAUCACAUCAAUUAAGUUAGAAACUAAAUUACACCAGUGUCUGAUAGAGUCGAAGCAAAAAUAGAGAACACUGACAUUCACCUCAGAAAUAAAUAUUUUAUCUAGAUAUGUGUGAAGCCUAAAAAUCAAUCAUAAGUUUCAAUUUGUCCAACGUGUGGUUCCACGGAGUUGGCGCUUUGCCCCUUCGGCCGGAUAGCCGUUCCGACGGCAAGUCCGGGGGGCUACGCCCCCGUCCGGAUACUCAGCUGGCAAGACUAGCUGAGCCAGUUCCCACUGUCCCCGAAAUGCUAACGGGUGGUUACACUGAUAAUCAACACAGUGCAGAGAUAGGACAAGCAACUGCUCUGUCAACCAUCGAAGGUUCGAACUUAUUACUGAGAAGAAAGAAACAGGCUAGUAUUAAGAGUAACGGUGCAGUGAUCCACGCGUCGGACUCUAACUGUGUUGCCAAACCACCAAUCGGUGUUCAUAAAUUUGGUGCACUUAGAAGUUACCCGAUUCCAGUAAGACCCCCGGUAGUUCCAAACCUGAAACCAAGGCCUCCUGAGAGAACCUCUAGCGAAGGGUCUCUCCCAGGUAGCAAGAAAUUUGCGACACCUUUUGUAACAUCGGAAUCGAGGCCGGAUCCUUCUAAGGCAAAUGUAAUAGAAUAUGCACAGUCCUGCAAGAAUAAAUCGAUUUUAUCGUCUCCGGAUCGAAAUCUGAAGUCCACUGAAGAGGGCGCAGUUAGUUAUGUAGAGUUCAGUUCUACGAUUGAAGCUGUAGACUUUACACCAGCUACUGGAGAGACUAGAACAAACGAAGCACAGUUCAGAUCAUCGGUUUCGCCAUCACCAAGAAGCUCACAGCUUAGUUUAUACGUAGGUUCUAGAAGAAACUCACCUCCAGUUCCACAAGUACCCCCACUACAACCAAACAAAACAUCUCUCCAGAAUUUAAUUCCUCCAGGGGAGAGAGAAAACAGAAGAACAUCAUCUCCACAGCCUUCUGAAUACUUCUUACCCAUUCAGAAGUCACCUUUAAAAGAGAUCACUGGGAAAAAUUCUCCAGUGCCAGAGUACCUUUCAACUGGAAAGAAAUCCCCAUUACCUGAGUGUGUAGCCAAGAACGUAGUUCGAAAAUCGUCCAGUAGGACAAGUAUCCCCGAGGUUCACGAAGCCAGCCCUUCUCCGUCAAAACCUAUUAAAAAGGAGUGUCUGUGUGCUGACCCCCGGAGACCACCCUUAACACCGGCGCGACCAAAAAGCGUUGCAUUUGCCAUCGACGAAGAAGAUCGCUGUGUUCCUCCACCACCACCGCCUCCAAGAAGUGUUAGCAAGCCCAAGCCAGUUCCUGCUCGAAUCUCGAAGGCAAACAGCUGUCCAGGAAUCAUAUACUCACCAACGAAGGACAUAUUAAUUGUUAAGCAGCCACUUGCUAUAAUUAAACCUUCAGUUUCUCCUGUGCAAGCUAUUGGCUUUAAAAGUACAGCAUCUGGGAAAAUCGUCGUCACUGGGGGGACAGAAUUCGAAGCUGAAGUCGUGAACGUUGUCACCGCAGGGGGCGAGGUUUUGAGUGUCUUCUGUGAGAAACAGGGGACCGGCAGUGAUAUCUGUGGAGGCUGUGUUAAAUCCGGCAGUGGGAACUUUCGUGUAAUAGACGGUAACGUCGGUAGAUCUGGUCCAGGAUCAGAUUUUAAUAACUCUUUGGCGUCUCUAGUCGGAUCAGCUGGUCGACGGGCUUCGGUUACAUCCCUGAGCGAUACUUCAUUAGCCUCUCUCGUCGUUGGAAGUUGUUGCAGAGGCUCUGAAUUUGAGGGUUUGAUUUUUGGUAACGAAAUUGUUGUGAUGGGCGCGAGUGGCGGUGCUAAGGGGUCGUCCGGGGGCAGUGAAGCUGAAAGUUGUGGGGGUGGGGCAUGCAGGAAGAUAUUAUCUGGAAGAAAUCAGCAACAACAGGCGCCAUCUAGUGGACAGCCAGUGAAACCUCAGCAACAAUUCCAGCAACCUAAAGGUGGGGGAAGUCCCGGACCUGGGCCCGGUGGAGGAACACAGAGCAACAGAAGUCAACCAGCCAUUGGACUGAAGCAGACACCGAAGGCGAGGCCGACUAUCUUCGGGACUGUUGCUUCUGACCAGACACCGAAAGAUGGCUCCAGCUGCAGAAGGAGUUUACCUCAAACUCCGCAGUCUGGGAAGAGUUUCAGCGCUCUGUUGAAUGGUGGCGCCCCUGGUGAACACAGUUCAAGUAUCGAGUCUGUUCCUGAAUCGGGAUCUCACCCAGAUCAUGCUCUGGUGUAUCGUGACGGCGGGAACCUGGUGUCAGGGUCCCUGGACGCCCUGGUGCAGCACAUGGUCCCCACCGCGGACUAUUACCCGGACCGCGCUUACCUGUUCGCCUUUCUGCUCAGCUCACGGCUGUUCAUAAAACCUCACGAAUUGCUCGGCGAAGUCUGUGCCCUGUGCGACUCUCAGCAAAAACUCGGCGAGAAGCAGGCAGCAGCCAAGGACCGUCUGGGCAGAUUCGUCCCUCACCUGGUGCAGUUGCUGGCAGAAUGGACGGAGACCUUCCCUUACGACUUCAGGGACGAGCGUGUGAUGGCGCACGUGAGGGCCAUCACCCAGAAGUGUGUUACGGUCGAUCCGGGUAUCAGGAAGGAGGUGUCCACCUUACUUCAGAACCUGCUGCACCGGUUAACAGCGCUGGAGAAGUACGAAGAAUUCCUGCAGAGAGUGAACGCUGAAUCCUCCACGCACUGCGUUGAGAACCUCAGCGCGAUGGAUGUGACUGAGCUGUGUCCGAGCCCUGCCCUUUUGGCACAGCAAUUGACGCACGUCGAACUGGAGAGACUGUCCUUCAUCGGCCCCGAGGAGUUCGUCCAGGCGUUUGCCAAGGAGAACCCCCACCUCGAGACCUCUUUCAAAGACAUGAAAAAGACACGUAACCUCGAGUCCUACGUGCAGUGGUUCAACAGGCUUAGUUACUUUGUGGCCACAGAAGUCUGCAAGCAGCACGUGAAGAAGAAAGUCCGUGUGAAAGUGAUGGAAUAUUGGAUAGAGACUGCUAGAGAGUGUUUCAACAUCGGAAACUUCAACUCACUCAUGGCCAUCAUCGCGGGCCUCAACAUGUCUCCUAUAUCAAGACUGAAGAAAACCUGGAGUAAGGUGCAGUCAGCAAAAUUCUCAAUCCUGGAACAUCAGAUGGACCCAUCUUCCAACUUCAGCAGCUACCGGUCCACCUUGAAGGCCGCCAUGUGGCGAUCCGCCGGAGCUACAGAUGAAAGGCAGCGCAUUGUUAUUCCAUUCUUCUCGCUCCUUGUCAAGGAUCUGUACUUCCUGAACGAGGGCUGCUCAAAUAAACUUCCCAAUGGCCACAUAAAUUUUGAGAAGUUCUGGCAGCUUGCGAAACAGGUGACAGAGUUUAUUACUUGGAAGCAGGUGACAUGUCCAUUUGAGAAGAAUACGAAAGUCAUCACUUUUCUGCAGGCCAGUCCUGUGCUCACUGAGAAUGCUCUGGCAUUGGCAUCAUUUGAAUGUGAAACCCCUGAAAACAAUCAUGAAAAGGAACGUUACAAGGCCCUCAAGUCCGAGUUAAACUCUUGAACAAAUUGGGGAUUUGUUCAUGCAAAUCUUAAGAAAGGGAGAAGGAGAGAAGUGGCAACAAAAUUAGAGGCAUGUACAAGAAUGAAUCAGAGUGAAGCGGGCAUUCCAUCAUAUUUUGUUCGUUGCAGGGAAGAAGGUUGUAUGAUUGAAAGUUGCCCAGAAGACAUCUAAAUGUGAAGAGGACGGAGGGAUUUUUAAUACUCGGGCUAAUUACUAUGUAACUCAUAGAUUUCGUUCUUCACUAUCAUUACAUCAUCUUUACACGAAUUAUUACCGACUUUGUUUACUUGCCAUUUCAUCAAACAAAAGACGUAACAGUUCUAAGCACCACCUGGCUUCAGGACUGAUAUAUUUAGUUGCAAGGUAUUUAUUGAUAAACUAAGCCUGAAUUCAUAGAACUGACUGCGUGAACAAAUUUCUGGCUUUGUCUUAUAAUUCUGAGUUUUUUAAACUUUUUCUUAUAACUGCAUUUAUUUUAGGCAGAAAUUAUUUCCUCUCCCCCACCUUUUAGUAUUGUUAUAAAUGUUCGGUGCCUUCGUCUCUGUGAAGUUUCAGCAUAUUUUAGUGCGCGUGUUUAGCAUGUAAUGUAUUUGUGUACUGUGAAGAUUUUUGAUCGAGAGAACUAAAAUGUUGGUCAAAAAUAUGGCACUAAACUACUGACGUAGAUAACAAGAGACAAUCUGUAAAGUUUCAGAAAUACGUUUAACACCAGUACCUUCUGUGGACUUUAAAAACAACAGUAACUUUGAGAGGUUAUGUUUGAAGGUAUAAUAAGAACACUGAGUAAUCGUGACAGUUUGAUGGGACAUAUAAUAAUUUUAUAAUCUGUAACAGGCAUUCCUUAAUGCAAGCUUGCCGAUUAUCCUUUAUUGUCGAGAAUAGUUAUAAUAACCACCAUGAUAAGACAUAACUCAUUGAUUCAUUUUUACAUAUGGUUAAUCUAUAAUAAUCAGAAACUACAUCAGUUUUUAAUUGUAAUUUACCAUAUUUUCUCCUCAGAAUUUUCAUAAAUACGCAGGUAAACUGCCUGCUGGAGAAUUGAGGUUAUGUGUGUUUGUUGUACUUAAUAUUUAUUACAUGCACACAAUCCUGCAUGGCUCACCCCAAGGUUUUGUGCUGUCUGUAGAUCGACUGGGAGACUAGAAUGUUCCCAUUGUCUCAUUCUAAACAUUAUUGGUGCAUAAGCAUUAAUGUUUUAUUAGCCCAGUAAAGUAGAGAUAUGUAAGUUUAAGUAGCAUUAAGUUAGAUGCUGAUCAUCUGCUACCAGGGCUCUUUCUAUGAAAAUAAAUCUCAAUUUAGUGUACGUUGUUUCUUUAAAUGGCACUGGAGUAAUUAAGCAUUAUCGACUGUUGGAUUAAUUAAUUAUCAAGAUAAUUUUGUGGGGAAAUGUUGACAUUUAUUGGAAAAUUAACUAGCAGACUGAAGUUUAUCUAAUAGUAAGGAAGCAAUAAAGUGUAAAAGUUUGUUUUGGAUAAACGUUGUGUGCUGCGGAAUGAACGUAUUUGAGUUAGGUCAGUCAGUUUAAAAAUUAUUAAUAACAAUUUUACAAAUAGCAUUUCUAAAAGUUCCUUGUACUGAUGAAUUGUAACAACUCUCUGUUGAAAUUUGGAGGUACUCGUUUAUAUCGUAUUGUUAUUUGUCUUCUUGUUUGAAGAAUAACAUUUUAUAAAUGAAGCUUUGUGUUCUGUGAAGAACUUGAAUGUUCUCUGUAGAGGUCAGUUAGGAAUUCAAGAAGGUGGUAUUAUGCCUGUCAUAUUUUAAUUUUGUUCAAUUAAGAAGAUCGCAUGACAACAAAAAAUUUUAAUUUAACCUCUAGUAAAAUUACAGUUUAUGUUGCAUUCCUCAGUUGCUUGCAAAUUUCUCUGUAGCCAAGUGUCGAUAAGAAGAUGACUACAGAAUGACAGUCUUUUGUCUAGCCACAACAUGCGUGUCAUUAAUUUGUCAGAAUAUUUAUUCUGUCUGGUAAAGAAAAUGCUUUAUUCAAAUCAUGGAAAUUUUCUGUUUUAGUUUUCUUAUUUUUAUAUCUGAUUUACAUUCAGUGUAAAUUUGGCAUUGUCACACAAGAGUUUAAAUCUGAU